ACAGGUGUAGGCUGUUAUCGCUCGCUUGUCGUUAGUGUUGGUAACCGAAAACACGCAGUCGCGUGAGUAUUAAGUUAAGCGAUUCCGCGAGUCAAAACACUUUACUCCGACCGUUCAAUCGCCUCUCGUCUCGCCAGUCAUUAGCUAAGCGUUGUCGAAAUGGCCGCACUGGCACGUAAAUUAGAUGUUAUCGUUUUCGGUGCAACGGGAUUUACUGGCAAGUAUACGGUUUUUGAGGGUGUCAAAAUUCUAGCUGGUAUGAAAUGGGGAGUCGCAGGUCGUAAUAAGUCGAAACUCGAAUCGACCCUGGAAGAAAUGGGUCGUAAGGCUGGCGCUGACCUGUCGCACAUUCCGAUCGUGCUGGCCGAUGUAGACGAUCAGCCAUCGUUGGUUCAGAUGGCACGCGAAUGUAACGUCGUGGUGAAUUGCUGUGGACCGUAUCGACUUUACGGGGAGCAGGUGAUUCGGGCUUGUCUGGAAGCUGGAACGCAUCACGUUGAUGUUAGUGGCGAGCCCCAAUUUUUGGAAGGUAUGCAACUUAAGUAUCACGACGCAGCCAAAGAGAAAGGGGUGUAUCUUAUUUCGGCUUGCGGGUUCGAUAGUAUCCCCGCGGAGAUGGGAACCAUUUUUCUAGAGCAGCAGUUCGGCGGGGUGGUCAAUUCGGUGGAAAGUUAUCUAUUUACGAAGAUCAGUGGAAAGCGAGAAUUGGGCGGGAUUCACUAUGGAACUUGGGCAUCGGCGGUGCAUGCGAUCGCUAACUUGAAAGAAGUUGGUGCGAUUCGGAGAGAGUUGUUCAAGACAAAAAUGCCACAGCUCGAGCCGAAACUGCGGAACAGGCCGAUAAUCCACAAGUCUAGUGGAAAUAAAUGGUCGCUACCAUUUUUGGGACCGGAUAAGUCCUGUGUGGUUCGAACACAGCGUUUCUUGUACGAAACCGAGAACAAACGUCCGGUGCAGAUGAAAAAUUACAUUUCGUUCGGUAAUCUGAUAGAGAUGCUCGCUGUUUCCUUCGUCGGUGCUAUCUUCUGGCUGCUAGUUAAAACAACAAUGGGUCAGAAUUUGCUGCUCAAUUACCCACGACUGUUUUCGCUUGGUAUGGUGUCCCACGAAGGUCCCUCGGAUGAGGCAAUGAAUAACGUACACUUCACGAUGCACUUUGAGGGACGCGGCUGGGAGGAAGAUUUGGGCAAUCCGAACGAGAAGUAUUCGUACCCACCGAAUAAAGUGCUGCGAACAAGGGUUUCCGCUACCAACCCUGGCUACGGUGCCACCUGUGUGGCACUGCUGCUCUCGGCUAAAACUAUUUUACGCGAAGCGGAACGGAUGCCAGGGAGAGGAGGAUUUUUAACCCCCGGAGCGGCGUUUGCUAAAACCAACCUGAUUUCGGAGUUGUGCAGCAAUGGGUUUACAUUCGAAGUAGUUUCUAAAGCUAAGUUGUAGUAACUGUUGUGACUAUUUGUUAUCAGUUAUGUACCUGCAUCGUUUUUAGUUAACUGUUGAUAUUGUAUUUUUACAAAAUCUAUGUUCAUUAUAAUGGCACAUUUUUCUUGCAAAAAAAAGGAAAAGGUGUUACGUUAAAACUAAACUAAAAUCCAAAAAUUUGUCAGGUAAAACGCAUGUCGACGGAAAGGAUUUGUAAUCUUUUCGGACAAUUCUUUCAAAAAAUCUAUGCAACAAUUUCGGAAGUAGAUCGCGACUGCAACCGUUAACAAUGUGUAUGUCUUAGAAGGUCGUACUCAACUUAUCACCAACGGAUGAUUCAAAGGUUUCUGCAUUGGCAAAACGACGACAUUUCCUUCAUAAUCAAGAAUUAGAUGCAAGGGUUCUGCAUAGGCAAAAGACAAAAAAGCAUAUUAAAACUAAGUAGUCACCCGUUGUUUACUAAAUCAGUACUUCGUGUCCCUGAAUAAAUUGCAUGACGGGAAAAACGCUGUAGAAGAUUAUACCUAUUAGGGGUUUUAUCUUGAAAAUUUGGGUAGAAGUAGUUUGGAGUUUGUUUACGCUGUAUUUUUGUCACUGUUAGUUUUUCGAAAAUUGAAAAAAAUGCCGUUACCCGAAAAGCAUUGUCGCGAAUUGAUUUUGUGCAAGCAUUUUGAAAGGAUCUCCUACGAAAGGCAGAAAUUAAAUGGCAGAAUCACGAAAAGCAGAAUUACGAAAGGCAGAAUAUUUCAUAAGGCAGAAUAACGAAUGGCAGAAUCAAAAAAUGGUCUAUUUUCUUUUUAACAACACACACACUCGCGGCCUUUGGCCGACUCUAUUGUCCAGGUGUAUGCUGUCCUUACUCGCUACCGCUCGUUCGGACUUAACCUUCUAGUG